UAGCAAAAAUAUACAUUGUUCUUCUCGCAAUUUGCGGCCUUGGAAUCCAAGGCCGCGGUGCACCGGACUAUCCCUCCGUCUCCUUCAAUUUGUGGCGUGCCACCUGGGCCACAUACAGAGACUUCAUAGGGGCACUGCGGGAAAGAGUGACACGGGGAACCGAACCAAUAAAUGGUGUACCAGUGCUGAGACCCGCAAAUUCAGUGCCGGUUUGGGAGCGGUUCGUUCUGGUCCGUCUCAUCAAUCACGAUGGCAACAUCGUCACCUUGGCAGUGGAUGUGGUGAACCUUUAUGUGGUGGCUUUUAGCGCAAAUAGAAGAUCCUAUUUUUUCCGCAACUCUACGGAACUUCAACGCAACAAUUUAUUCGUCGACACUACUCAAACCUCGUUACCCUUCACCGUCAACUAUGGCCAAAUUGAGAAAGAGGCAGGAGUUGGCAGGCAAUCUAUCCCUCUGGGACCCACUCCCCUAGCUGAUGCCACCACAAGGUUGUGGUACGGUAGGAGCGUAGCCGAACCGCUCCUUGUGGUCAUUCAGAUGGUCUCGGAAGCGGCAAGAUUCGGACGCAUUGAGGAACUUGUCCGCAGAAGCAUAACCGAUCAAAACACUUUUACACCGCGCGGUUUGAUGCUGAGCAUGGAGAACAAAUGGUCGCCUAUGUCCUUGGAGGUCCAGCGGGCGAGAGAUGGAGUAAUCUUCUCAGGGAACGUUACUCUUCGAGAUGACAAUUACAGUCUCAUCGAAGUAGACAACUUUAAUACACUCAGUCGCUGUACCAUGGUAGCUGUUCUUCUCUGGCAAUGCAUCCCGACAACUAGUAGUAAUUAUGGCAAUAAUGCUAUAGCCACGGCCUUGCAUGCUCGCAUCAAAAGAAUGCUCGUUUUUCUUGUGGGCAAGGACUACAACAACGACGAAACGUGUACGAUACUAGAGUCCACAAGACACAUCAGUGGUCGGGAUGGAUUGUGUGUGGACGUGAGGGAUGGGCACGACAACGACGGAAAUCCCAUCCAACUGUGGCCAUGUGGACAACAGAGAAACCAACAAUGGACGUUCCACACAGAUGGAACAAUCCGGUCGAUGGGUAAAUGCAUGACUACCUACGGGUAUAGCCAUGGAGACUAUGUCAUGAUAUUCGACUGUUCUACGGCUGUUCCGGACGCCACUAAGUGGGUAGUAUCUAUUGACGGCAGCAUCACCAAUCCUCACUCUGGACUAGUCCUGACUGCUCCUGACGCUACACAGGGUACCACCUUGUUGGUAGAGAACAAUAUCCAUGCCGCUCGGCAGGGUUGGAGUGUGGGAGAACAUGUAGAGCCCACCGUUACUUUCAUUGUGGGGUAUAAGGAAAUGUGCUUGCAGGCCAACAAUGAACACAAUCAUGUAUGGUUGGAGGAUUGUGUGCUCAAUAGGCGGCAGCAACGGUGGGCACUCUAUGGUGACAGCACCAUUCGAGUAGAUACUGAUCGUAGCCUAUGCGUGACCUCCGAUGGCCAUAGCUCCAGUGAUGUCAUCAUCAUCCUUAAAUGCCAAGGGUGGGGCAACCAGCGCUGGGUAUUCAACCCCAACGGCGCCAUCUUAAACCCAAAUGCUAAAUUAGUUAUGGACGUCAAAGGAAGCGAUGUCUCUCUUCGACAAAUCAUUCUCUUUCAGCCCAAUGGAAAUCCUAACCAGCAAUGGCUGACACAAACCCACCCAGAAGCUAUGGUUUCAAGUGGAAAGACAAGCUUUAGAUAUUCUGCAUUCUAACUACAAGAAAGGAAUGAUUUCCGAGCAAGAGCUCUGGAACGGAGGUCAAACAUGGAGGUCAGGUAUGCUGAGCUCAAAAAGUUAGAGCUAUGCAGAGCUCAGAAAACCAGAGUUAGAGCUCUCCUCAAGCGAGAUAAUAAGUUGAAGCAAUGAGGAAGCAACUGGAUACUACAAAGACUUCUCAGUAUCAUUCCCUUGAGUCUAGUAGCUUAGAUCCCAAUAAUUUCAAUAUUGUUUCUUUUAUUUACUCGUCAUCAUAAAAUUGCAUCACGUUGAAAUACGCCAUCAGUUUGGCGCCGUCUGUGAAAAACGAC